AUGACGAACAACAACACCAGUGGUCAAAAUGGACGACGGAGAGUAGGAAGAACGAUAGUAUUGAAUGGAUUGAAUGAGAAUAGAGAUGGUGAUAAGAACAACAAAUCAUCUCAAAAAGACAACGAAGAUACUCGCGCGAACAUAAAUAAGAAGCGAAAGAAGGAAGAAGAGGAAGAAAAAGAGAAAGGAAACGACUUAUAUCCUCUUUCCAAGAUUCAAAUGGAGUGGCAAACCGUCUCUAAGAUCGGCUCUGGUUUGCAAAAUUUAGGCAACACCUGCUUUUUAAACGCGGUUUUGCAGUGCCUCACGUAUACGCCAGCUUUGGCAAACUUUUUCUUGAACAACGAACAUCAAAAGCAUAAAAAUUUGAGCUCAGGAUUCAACUCGUUGUUCGAGAUGGGUAAUUUAGUAAAGAACACGUUGAUACAUUCCAAGAACAAGCAUCACGCGGUACCACCGACGGCGUUCGUGAAGAAUAUUCGCGCGCUGUCGAAGACGUUUAAGAAAGGAAGACAAGAGGAUUCCCACGAAUUCGCGAGGUGUUUGUUAGAUUCCAUGCACAAGAGGUGCUGCAUGUUAGGCCGGGUGGACGACGGAAGCUCGUCGAAUACUCGAAAUGGAAAGAAGCUUACUGCGAAUGCAAUCGAUCCAGAGUCGAAAGAGGCGGAAACGACGUUCAUUUGGCGCGUAUUCGGUGGGCAGUUGCGUUCGUGCGUGACGUGUCAAAGCUGCGGGAGAGAGUCGGCAAAGUUAGAUCCGUGCAUGGAUAUGAGUUUAGAGUGCGCGAAGGUGAAAUCUUUAGAACAAGCGCUUAAGUUGUUCACGCGAGUGGAAGUUCUAGACGGCGAUAACAAGUAUAGAUGCGAAGGGUGCAAGAAGUUAUCGCGAGCGAAGAAGCAAUUCAGCGUGGAUAAAGCUCCAAACGUGUUGCAAAUCCAACUGAAGCGUUUCGAGUUUGUUCCUUUCGGGAGAGGGAAGUUAUCGCAGUUUAUCGAAUACCCGUUGGUGUUAGAUUUAACAUCGUAUUUAACCUCAAUUUUGAAAAUUAACGGAGGUCGCCGCGGGAAGAAGAGGAGUAAAAGUGCUAAUAACGCCGUUCUCGAUGAUAUUAUGGGUGGUAGUAGCACGGAGAAAGCUUUUUCAUCGUCGUCCUCGGUGUACGAUUUGAUUGGUGUUUUAGUCCACGCGGGAAGUUCCAUGAACUCUGGUCAUUAUUAUUCUUACGUCAAAGCGCAAAAUGGAUUCUGGUUUGAGAUGGACGACGAAUCCGUCACGAAUGUUUCCGAAAAGACCGUUUUGAGACAAAAGGCGUACCUUCUCUUUUACUCUUUACGCAACGCUCCGGGGACGAUGACGACGAGGAAAACAAACACUGGAAACGUGGAUAAAAAUCGAAUGGACGAACUCACGAGAGAUUUCCAAGCGAAGAAAAGAAAGCUCGAUGAAGAAAGAGAGAAGGAGAAGAAGGUGAUGACGAGGAAAAGCAAACGAGAUAAAAAUAUCAGCAAUAGCCCUAGCAGCAGCGAAGAAGACGAAAGAAAAGACGAGGAAGAAGAAGAAGAAGACGUAGUUACGGUGAUAUCGGCGAGAAGAAACGGGAAGCGAGGCGCCGGGCGCUCAGCCGGGAAGAAUUCUCGCGACGUGGUAAAAUCAAAACUCUUCAAGCAAAAUAGAAGCGGAUCAAAGUCACCUGAUUUCGGCAUCGGCAAGCAAAGAAGACGCAGUAAACGAGCAUCGUAUAGCGACGACGACGACGACGAAGGAUACGACGAGGAAGGAGAUAGGGAAAAUAAGAGGGAUAAAGGAAACAUGAUAAAGACAUUCUUGAAAUCACGAGCGCAAAGAGAUAAAAAUACUCGAGGUUGGAACGACGACGACGACGACGAUAAUAAUAAAAGUCGCGCGAUGGGAAUGCGCCAGCAAGUUAGUACAUCUCAGAAAAAGAACGUUAAAAAGUCUCGCGGGUAUGACGAGCUCGACGAAGAGUACGAUAGAGGGAAAAUUGCGAAACAUCUUCGAAGGCGCGAACAGAAAAUGCCGGCGAGACCGACGAAAGCGCCGUCGAGAUCGGCAGGAGGAAACGCGUUUCAAAGAAAACAAGGGCGAAGACAGCGUAAGUGA